AUUAACGAUGGGCGAUCAUCCAGACUAUCCAUUUAAAGCCGAAUACGCCAAAAGUGGACGUGCAUCAUGCAAAACCUGCAAAAGUUCAAUCGCACAAGACUCACUAAGAAUCGCAGUAAUGGUGCAGUCUCCCAUGUUUGAUGGAAAGAUUCCGAACUGGAAUCAUUAUGCAUGUUUCUGGAAGAGAAAUCGUGUGAGCGAUCCUCAGGAGAUCCAUGGCUUUGACAGCCUGCGCUGGGAGGAUCAACAAAAGAUCAAGGAGAAGAUCGAAGGCUCGGGUGGUGGUGGUGGUGGUGGAGACGACGGAGCUGGGGCAGCUCAGCAGGGAGAUUUUAAAGCGGAGUAUGCCAAAUCCUCAAGGAGCACAUGUAGAGGGUGUGAGGAAAAGAUUGAUAAGGAUGUUGUGCGCGUGUCCAAAAAAGAUUUCAGCUCUGAACGGGCAAAGAUGUAUGGCCCUCAAGACCUAUGGUACCACCUAGCAUGUUUUGCUGAGAACAGGGAUGAGUUGGGGUUUGGCACUGAUCUGAGCCCUGACAGCAUUGUUGGAUUUAGCAAGUUGAAAAAGGAAGACAAGGAUGAGAUAAUCAAUGUAUUAGGCAAGGGUGAAAAGAAGAAAAAAAGAAAAGCCAAAGAAAACAAAGGCGGGAGUGAAGGGAAGAAAUCAAAAAUUGAGACAGAGGAGGAAAAGUCUCUGAGGGAACAAAGUCAGCUCCUGUGGAGUAUCCGUGACAACCUGACUAAGCACGUUUCCAAUGAUGCUCUGAAAGGCCUGUUAGAGUACAACAACCAGGAGGUGAUGUCAGGUGGGGCUAAGCUGUUGGACCUUGUCAGUGACUGUAUGGCAUUUGGUGCCUUACAGAAGUGUCCUGAAUGUGAAGAUGGUCAGCUUGUCUAUAGCACCACAGGCUACAGGUGUACUGGAAAUAUCACGAGCUGGACCAAAUGCGUGCACCAAACCAAAACGCCAAAAAGGAAACCCUUCAAAGUCCCAUCUGAGUAUCAUGAUGUUCCAUUUUUGAAGAAGUACAAAUAUGUGAAACGUGAGCGAGUGUUUCCCACGGUUACACUUGACCUGACUGAUGGCCCUGUUAGUUCUUCUCAGGGUUCAGGAAAUGGAUCUCUCCGUCCUCUGGAGGGAAUGAAGUUUGCUUUGAUCGGAAAAACUGUCAAGUCCAAGACAGCGCUGACCAAAGAGAUCUCCUCCCUGGGUGGGGAUGUAGUUAGUAAAGUGGACGGCACCCUGGCAGCUUGUAUCAGCACAAAAGCGGAAGUUGAGAAGAACUCAAAAGGUAUAAAAGAUGCCAAGAAAGCAGAUGUUCAGGUGGUGGAUGAGGGCUUUUUGGAGGCUUGUCGUAAAGGUGGUGCUGCGCUCAUGAUACAACAGCGUAACCUUUGUAGCUGGGGUUCAGAUCCAUUAAGAAGAAUUUCAGAGCCAUCAACCUCAAAGAAAAGCUCUGGCAAAUCAGAAGCAACCAUUAAGAGGGAUGAGGCUAUGUUCACAAAGAGUGUUCCUGAUAAGCUGAAGAUGAUGGUGAAGGGAGGAGCAGCCGUGGACCCAGACUCGGGAUUGGCUGAGACUGCCCAUGUGAUCAAUGAGAAAGGUGUGGUUUACAAUGCUGUGUUAGGAUUGGUUGAUGUUGCAAAAGGAACUAACUCUUACUACAAAAUCCAGGCUCUUGAAAGCGACAGUUCUAAGGCAUGUUGGCUGUUCAAGGCUUGGGGCAGGGUAGGCACCACUAUUGGUGGGAACAGGCUGGAGAAAUGCAGUAAUGCCAGACAUGCUAUUGAUGCCUUCAAACAGCUGUAUGCAGAGAAAACAAGGAAUGAGUGGGAGAACAGACAUGAAUUCAUCAAAUAUCCCAACAAAUUCUAUCCUUUGGAGAUAGAUUAUGGGGAUGAUGACGAAAAUCUGAAGAUAGAUCUCUCCACCAGCAAGUCUAAGCUGGACAAGGCCAUCCAGGAUUUGGUGCAGAUGAUAUUUGAUAUCGAGAGCAUGAAGAAGGCUAUGAAGGAGUUUGAAAUUGAUCUUAAAAAAAUGCCGUUGGGAAAACUGUCAAAGCGCCAGAUAGAGUCUGCAUACUCAGUUCUCAGUGAGUUACAGAAGCUGAUUGAGGAAGGUGGGUCACAGACCAAAUUUCUGGAUGCAUCCAAUCGGUUUUACACGCUGAUACCUCAUGAUUUUGGCAUGAGGAAGAUGCCUUUGCUUGAUACACCAGAGAUCAUCAAGACUAAGACGGAGAUGUUGGCUAACCUGUUGGAUAUAGAAGUGGCCUACAGUCUGCUUAAAGGAGGACAAGCUGGUGAAGACCCCAUCGAUGCUCAUUACAAGCAGCUCAAGACAGACAUGCAGGUGUUGGAUAAGAAGAGUGAGGAAUUUAGGCGCCUGGUUGACUAUGUGAAAAACACUCAUGCUGCAACCCACAACCAGUAUGAUCUGGAGAUCCUGGAGGCUAUACGAAUCACAAGGGAAGGUGAAGAGGAGCGUUAUUCUCCAUUCCGAGAACUCGGCAAUCGUCAGCUAUUAUGGCACGGAUCACGCACCACUAACUUCGCAGGCAUUCUGUCUCAGGGAUUGCGUAUUGCUCCCCCAGAGGCCCCAGUUACUGGGUAUAUGUUUGGCAAGGGUAUCUACUUUGCAGACAUGGUAUCAAAGAGUGCCAAUUACUGCCGUACCAGCAAGUCUGACCCUGUUGGCCUAAUGCUGUUGUGUGAGGUGGCUUUAGGCAACAUGCAUGAAUUGACCGGGGCUAGCUACAUCACCAAACUUCCUAAAGGAAAGCACAGUACAAAGGGUGUUGGUAUGACGGCCCCUGACCCCAGCCAAUCUUAUGUCACCGAAGACGGACUAAUCAUACCCAUGGGGAAAGGUGUUAGUCUGCCUAGCCGUUCAAGUCUCCUUUACAAUGAAUAUAUUGUAUAUGACAUAAGUCAGGUCAGUAUGAAAUACCUGCUGAAGAUGAACUUCGAUUUCAAAUGGUGAGAACAGAAACUCUCUUCAAGGAGCCAGUUUUAUAAUUGUGCACAUCAGAAUGUUCAAAGGGAACUGAUGGAUCAAAGGAAAGUGAAUUUAAAGUCUGACAUGUGAGAGCUUGUAGUAGAUUUGACUUUGCUGUGAGGCAGGAUUGACCUUCCAGCCAGGCAGGGUUGACUCCAGUCGUGCAGGAUUGACAUCGGCUGACAGAUGGGAGAAAGCAAAACAAACUGAAGACCAGUUAAGAUUGACUACAUGCAUCAUGUUACAUGUAUUAGAAAAUGUAAUGCACUGUUUUUUCUGCAAAAGAGAUACCAAUCACAUAUAUAAAACGCAUAGGAUUACCUCUACAACUUACUGAAGCAUUUUCAAUUCUGCCAGUUGUCCUUGUUUGUAUCUCCUAUUUGUCAAGAUAUUUGUUGAUCAGGUAUGUGAUAUCCAUGAAAUGUAAUAUUUAAGAACGACACCUAAAGAAGUUGUAGUGCUUACAUUUUAUAAACCUUCAUGUUUGUGUUAGUUUAAUGCUGUAAUUGCACCAUAAAGUCUAAAUGUUGAUUGGCUGAUAUAAUUGGCUGAUAUGUUUCACCAAAGUGUCAUUCACACUUCUCUGCUUUUAUCAUUCAGUCUGUUGUGAUGGUCAGUAUCUGUAUGAAAAGCUAGGUUUGCCUGUCACAGUCUUAGUGGUUUCCUUUAUUGUAGCUGAUAUUAAAUGUGUCCCAUGCUCUUUGUAUACUUCAUGAAGCAUGUACAUUGUGCGUAAAUGAUUUUGACAUCGACAAAAAGAGUCAUGUUUAUUACCAACUUUCUCAGAACGAUUUUUAAUGGGUAGUAAAACUGUCAGAGCGUUUUCAUUCAUUUUAACACAUGCUUUGUGUUUUGUGGGUGUGUAAAUUAUCUUUGAAAGCUGCCAGUGGGGACCUGGCAGUUUGUGCAGCUAAAUUUAUUACUGUUUUACAUAACAUUCAAGAUCUUAAAAGUUUAAUUAUGAAACAUUGAAAGUGUUGCUACAUUUUUGUGCUGAAAUUUUGCAGCGAGGCAGCCAAUAUGACUCUGGAUCCUAGUGAUUCCCAUUGAAGGGUUUGUCAUGUUUGCAAGAUGCUGAAAGGCUGAUGUUCAUCUGAGGGUCAAUCAGGUGCAUUGCAAGGUCAAGUGUUUACCUUCAGGCUCAGUUAUCUCAAUUCAUUAGUCUGCCUAUGCUGAUAUAAAGGCAGUAAUGACAGCAGGAGAGAUGCAUGGCGAUAAGCUUGUGAGAGAAUAUUGUGUUCAGUGUUAUCUUCAGGGUUAAUGUUAAUCUUUGUUUUGCCAAUAAUUGUUCCAUUGUGGCUGAUGUCCACUCUUGGCUCAUUGCAAAAAAAGAACUGUGAAUUUGUUUGUUUUAAAAUUGUCCAGGUUUGAAAAUAUCAGAAAUGUGUGGACUUGUUUGUGUCUACAGAGGUAAUAAGGUCAGGUCACAAAACAGUUUUUGUACUCACCUUCCAGGUCUCUCUGCUGAUGGAGACUCUAUUAAAGCAUACAUGUAUGACAUGGAAAUGUUCUUAGUACAUGUGUAUCAUUGUUUUGUUGUUGGGUAUUUUAUACUACAGGAAGUAUUGAUAAGAGUAGAUUUUUUGGUAUCAUUGUUAAGGUAAAUUUCUUCUGUUACUUCUUGGAUAACAGUUCAGCCGUCCAAUUGCUCUCCAUGUAUUUGUCAACAUUUUGAUAAUGGAAUUUAUUCUCAGUUAAAAAGAAGUUUUCCUCUGCAAGUUAUUUUUACUCAGACAGAAGUAUGAAUUUUCAAGUCGCACUUCACGCUAUUUUAUGUUAACUGUGAAAAAUGAUUUGCAUGGUUGUUCAGAUAUUUUUUCUCCUCUUUUGUUCCUUCGUGUUCAGUGUUGUGAGACGGUUGUCUUUGAAGUCAGUUGAUGUUAUCCAGCUUUGAAUGUCUACCUUAUGCUGCGGUGGUUUCUUUUUUAACCUGUUAAUUCUAGAAAGUUAUGUAUCACAAGCAUGCUUAAAAAUGCCAUCAUGCUUUUUUGUUUUUGUUUUUGAACCAGGUUAGUUAUUGGAUACGAAGCUCUGUUUUCAUAUUGUAACCAUGACGAAAGUAUAAUCUUAUAUUAUUCCUGCUUAAUCUGUGAUUUAUAGAAAUUACCCUCCUUUUGUCCCAGUAUUGCCUACAAUGUAUUAUCGUCCAGUGUUACAAUGUUGUAGGUUUUAGGCUUUCUUCAUUGUGUUUAGUGGGAUAGGUAGUGCAUUAUUCACUCAUUUUAAGUAGAAAAGAAAUAUUAUUAUACUCUUGAAGUAGCAAGUGUAUAUUACUCUAGUAGUAAGAACAAACUUUUGUAAGGUACUAUAAAUAUGUCUUGAUUUGAAACAUUUGGUGUUUUUUCCCUGCUGACUCUGAACCCUAACCCAUUGAAUGUUGGUUUUUCCACAAAAAUUGGUAUACUAAUAUUCAAGGUAAGCGUGUAUCAAGUUGUGGAAGUGAUUUGUUAGGAUGCUUUCAAGAGCAUACUUUUAUAUGGUUUGUAUAUAAAUUGAUUUGUAGAUGAACACGGUCUGUUGUUCUUUGUUUUUUUAAAUGGCAAUGCCCAUAAUUUUGUAAGCUGUAUGAUUGAAGGUUCAGCAUUAAAGAUUUGCAGGGUCAUAUCAAAAAUAUUUGUGUCUAAUUUAUAAUGUCUGAAAAUUAAUUUUUAAAACAUUUGGUGGAUUGGCCUGAAACUGAAGUAGGCAGAAUUUGGGAUCAUAAAGCACAGUAAAGGCGAGCAUAUUGAUUUAUUUAUUCUAGGCACUUACCUUGUGACUUGUUGCUUAUAUGAAUAAUCAUUACUUCUAUGGAUUGUCUUGCAGAAAAUGCUUUUAGUGGAAGUUCAACAUCAAAGCAUGGUGACUGAUUUGUUCCAGGUAGGCUUGCUGUUCACUUUUGUCAUACAUAACUGGACAGUUUAUCUAGCCCUACUUGCUGUUAACUUUUGUGAUACAUAACUGGACAAAUUACCCAGCCCAGCUUUGCUGUUCGCUUUUGUCAUACAUAACUGGACAGAUUAUAUAGCCUAGCUUUGCUGUUCAGUUUACCAGACAUAACUGGACAUGUUAUCCAGCCCUACUUGCUGUUCAGUUUGCCAGACAUAACUGGACAUGUUAUCCAGCCCUACUUGCUGUUCAGUUUGCCAGACAUAACUGGACAUCUUAUUCAGCCCAGCUUUGCUGUUCAGUUUGCCAGACAUAACUGGACAUCUUAUUCAGCCCAGCUUUGCUGUUCAGUUUGCCAGACAUAACUGGACAUCUUAUCCAACCCUACUUGCUGUUGACUUUGCCAGACAAUACUGGACAUCUUAUUCAGCCCUACUUGCUGUUCACUUUAGUGAUACAUAACUGGACAGAUUACCCAGCCCAGCUUUGCUGUUCAGUUUGCCAGACAUAACUGGACAGAUUAUCCAGCCCUGCUUGCUGUUUACUUUUGUGAUACAUAACUGGACAGAUUACCUGGACAGAUAGUUUAUUCAGCCCUACUUGCUGCUCACUUUGCCAGAAACAACUGGACAGUUUAUCCAGCCCUACUUGUUGCUCACUUUGCCAAACAUAACUGGACAGUUUAUCCAGCCUUACUUGCUGUUCACUUUGCCAGACAUAACUGGACAGUUUACCGAGCUCAGCAGUGCUGUUUAUUUUUGUCUUGCAUAACUGGACAGUUUCUCCAGCUCAGCUUUGCUGAUUACUUUUGUCGUACUUAACUGGUAAGGUCAGGAGUCCUGUACGUUUCAGCUUUGCCCACUCAUUGCUUCCGGUGCUGCUCCACAUGAGGAGAUUUGUCGGGUAGGGCCUGUAUACCUGAGGAGAUUUGUUGGGUAGCGCCUGCAUACUUGAGGAUAGGUCAGUUCCCUGCUGGCUCUCUGUCCAACAUCCUCCAGCCAUUAACCUCCAGGAAAGCUUGGAGUGAGUCAAAAAUUCUUCAAUGGCGGAUAAAUAAAUCGCUGCUAUGUCAAGUAGUCUCCAUAAGACACUAAGGUCGAUAAUGCUCGUGUGAGUUGUUGUAAACUCUAGUGUUCGUUGAAGACCACUUGUCUUCCACCAUGAUGGCGUGUUCAUAGUCUCUGGUGUAAAUGGCUUUCAGUGUCUUGGGUGGUUAAUCCCGGCACUCUGUUCUCCUCCAUUCAUGAAACUCACCACCAUCGUAUAAGUGAAAACAUUUUUGAGUAUGGCAUUAAAAGAAAAUCAAAACGAUACACAGAAUACGCUGAAUUGGGUUAUUCCGGCCACUGUUGUUUCAUUUUCAUUAUCAGCAAACAGCCCUGAACUUAGGACUAAGUCUGUGCUUACAACGUCAGCAUGAUCCUAGAAGAUCCUAGGGCUCUCAAUCUUCCCAUUGUGAAGGCGGUCCAUCCCAAUAAAGGUGACAGGCAUCGUAAAAUUAUGUCCGUAUAUGCUGUAUUUUACCUUAAGUUUGGCCAGUAAAAUUGCGCUUUAAGAAGAAAAUAAAGGUCUUAAAAUGUUAUAUACUUUUGAUGUUUAAGUUUUGUCCGAUAAUAAAUUGAUUAAAC